AUCAGUACUCUAAACAUGCAUAGGCUUGUCAUAUUUUUGUUAUUGCUACAAGUUUUUGAUUUUUGCAAUGGAGGUGUUACAAGCACUUAUAUCAGAAAAUCUGAAGCCUCAAUUGACAUGCCAAUUCAAUAUUUUCCUCCCCCUGGUUAUAAUUCCCCCGAACAGGUUCAUAUAACACAAGGAGAUCAUAUAGGAAGAAGUGUGAUUGUUUCAUGGGUAACACCACUAGAAAGCCAAUCAAAUUAUGUCACCUUUUGGGAAGAAGGGGCCAACACCAAGCAUCAUCAUCACAAACACAAAGCUCAUGCUAAAACCACAUCUUAUAAAUACUAUAAUUAUACUUCAGGUUAUAUUCAUCAUGCCACAAUCAAACGACUAAAGUAUAAUGUGACAUACAUAUAUCAACUGGGAGAACAUAAUUCUACUCGAACAUUCUCCUUCACAACUCCGCCAAAAGUUGGACCAGAUGUUCCUUACACAUUUGGCAUUAUUGGGGAUUUGGGGCAAACUUUUGACUCAAAUCAAACGUUGGAGCAUUAUUUGUCGAAUCCAAAAGGCCAAGCUAUGUUGUUUGUUGGUGAUUUAUCAUAUGCAGAUCAUUACCCUUUUCAUGACAACGUGAGAUGGGAUACAUUUGGCCGUUUUAUUGAGAAGAGUGCUGCCUAUCAACCUUGGAUUACUGCUGCUGGCAAUCAUGAACUUGAUUUUGCUCCUGAGAUUGGUGAAAAUACUCCGUUCAAGCCAUACACACAUAGGUAUCAUGUACCCUACAAGGCAUCUCAGGGUACAUCUCCUCUCUGGUAUUCAAUCAAACGUGCAUCGACUUAUAUAAUAGUCCUAUCCUCUUAUUCAGCCUAUGGUAAAUAUACUCCACAGUAUAGUUGGCUUGAACAAGAAUUCGCCAAGGUUAACAGAACUGAAACUCCGUGGCUAAUUGUUCUGCUUCACUCUCCAUGGUACAACAGUAACAACUACCAUUACAUGGAAGGUGAAAGCAUGAGAGUAAUGUUUGAGUCCUGGUUUGUUCAGAACAAGGUUGACAUGGUGUUUGCAGGACAUGUUCAUUCUUAUGAACGCUCGGAACGAGUAUCAAAUGUUAUGUACAACAUCACAAAUGGACAGAGUACACCAAUUGAAGAUCCUUCCGCUCCUAUAUACAUAACAAUUGGGGAUGGUGGAAAUAUUGAAGGCAUUGCCAACAAUUUUACAGAACCACAGCCAAGCUACUCAGCUUAUCGUGAAGCUAGUUUUGGGCACGCGGUUCUUGAAAUUAAGAACAGGACUCACGCCUAUUAUACUUGGCAUCGUAACCAAGACAGUGAACGAGUUGCAGCAGAUUCUUUGUGGAUUUACAAUAGACACUGCUAUCCUAAAAAGGAAUCCAGCUCUAUGGCUUGAAAGUAACAUGUUUGGUAGGUAGUGCAGUUAUUAUUUUCCUAGAAACCAUGUGUUCUAUUAGAUUAGUUUGUCGGGUACUAAUUUCUUAAAGACCAUGUAAGAGGAAAACGUGACAACUAAUAUAGAACAAAGAGAACCCUUAUAGGUGGAAGAUUAUUUUCAAUCUUAGUGAUUUUUUUCUUUCAACUUCAAUUUUCAAAUAUUCUUUUUUUCAUUUUCAUCUUUAACCAAAUAAAACUCUCCUCCACUACUAAAUAUUACUGGCAGUGUCACAUCAAGUCAUUAUCUAUAACACUAGAAAUAGAUAAAUAUAACAUCAAUUUUGUCUUUGGAGGUUCAUUAUCAUCAACACUAAUUCCAUAUAAAUUCAGUAUGUAUUACAGGUUACUUCUGUCCAAUAUCAUAAGAUGUUGUAAUAAAUAUACAUGAAAAUGAACUUCACUUAUUGUUGCCUUUAAUUAGUAGAUUCUCUAAAUACAAAGUACCUUCCAAAAUAUUAGCCAACAGAGAAUUAAAAUCUUUUGCCCCUCUUUGGCUCUUCUAGUCUUCACUAUAAAUUGACCAUUUGUAACUAUAAUCUUCACCCCCCUCACUACUACUCUUUAGCUAAGUGUUCUUUCUUUAUAUUAUGAUAUGAGUUGGGCUUAAAGAAAAGGCGAAAAAUUUAUAUAGCCAACCACAACUCGUUUGAGACUUAGGUGUAGGUUGUUGUUGUUGUUUAGCUACAUACAUUGACAAUGUAAAUAUUUUUUUCAUGCUAUCAGUAUAGUUUAUUUA